AUGGUGCUCUCGGAAUGCCACGGGUUCGUCAAGUAUGCAUUGGUCUGCAUCAAUCUCAUAUUCUGGGGUGUGGGGCUGGCAGCAGCGGUCCUGGCAGUAUGGAUGCUAACGGACCAGACAUUCCUGAUGUCCCUAACUCAAGAACAGCACAAUUUCAACGCUGGCCUUUACAUCCUCCUCUCCGCUGGGAUCCUGAUGCUGAUCGUGUCCUUUCUGGGCUGUUGCGGCGCCUUUCGUUCGUCCCAGUGCAUUCUGGUCGCUUUCUUCAGCUGCCUUCUGGUGGUUAUCGUCGCGCAAAUCGCGGCCGCAGCGUGGCUGUACAGCAAUAGGAAUUGCCUCGAGGAGCUGGUCAAGUCUUCCGUGAUAAAUACCGUUAAGAAUAAAUACGGCAUUGACACCGCUCACACAGGGGCCAUAGACGCGUUUCAGUCCGAUCUCGGAUGUUGUGGCGCCACUGGUCCAUCCGACUGGACCGGCAGUAAAUACGCCACAAGAGAUUUCUCAAUUCCUGUGAGCUUAACCGUUUCAGGAGAUGUGAACAAUAUGUACAAAGUACCGGAGUCUUGCUGCAAGGACAAGGAGAGCCCGUACUGCACAUUAGCCAGGAAUAUUAAAGUAGGCAGCGAGGUCAGCCCAGCAAUUUACAACGAGGGUUGCAUAGACAGGCUGAUGGACGCAUUGAACAGCCACAAGAACAUCGUGAUAGGCGUCGCCGCUGGGAUCGGCAUCUUGGAGCUUCUCGGGCUGAUCUUCUCCCUUGUGCUAUGCUGCACGAUCGGUUCGUCCGACAGAUACAAAGCUUGAAUCGGAACGCGUGGUCCCGGACGCCGUCUUCUAAAU